AUGUCAGCACCUCCAUGGCAAGCAAAGGCUAUAGAAGCAUCAGGAUCAGGAGGUUCUAAAUGGGAGGCGUAUAAAGCACCGGAUGGACGUAUAUAUUGGAGCGAUGGAAGUACAUCAGUAUGGGAAAAGCCAGAUGAGCUUAAAACAGAGGAAGAAAUAGCUAUUGCACGAUUGAAUUGGAGAGAAUAUACGGCACCAGGGGGUAGAAAAUACUGGUAUAAUAAAAAAUCAGGAGAAUCGGUGUGGAAUAUGCCAGAAGAAUGUAAGAAAGUUGUAGAAUCAUUGAAUGCAAAAAAAGCAAUGAAAAUAGAGGAAGAAGAGAGGAAAAAAGGAGAAGAAAAGCAAUUAGAAUUAAGGGAGGAUAUGUUAGUAAUUGGGGGAGAAGGAAAAUCCCAGUCAAUUGCAUUAGAAAAUGCAUGGAUGGAAGAAAAAGUUCAAUGUGGGAGUUUUGAAGAGGCAGAAAUGGUAUUUAUAAAGAUGUUAAAGAGGAACGGAGUAGCAUCGGAUUGGACAUGGGAGCAGACAAUGCGAGCAGUGAUUAAACAACCUCAAUAUCGUGCAAUUAAAGAUCCUAUUCAAAGAAAAUUAACAUUUGAAAAAUAUAUAAGUGAAAUGAGAAAGCAAGAAUCGGAAAAAGAGCAGGAUCGAUUAGCAAAAUUGAAGACGGAUUUUAAUCGUUUAUUAAGGAUGCAUUCGGAGAUUAAGUAUUAUACAAGAUGGAAGGUAGCACGAGAGAUUUUAGAAGGAGAACCGGCAUUUAAAGCUACGGAAAAUGAGGAGGAAAAAAGGCAGCUUUUUGAAGAAUAUGUAGCGGAAUUAAAAAGAAUUGAAAACGAGAAUGAACAAAAAGUAAAACGAGAAGCAAUGGAUUCAUUUUUAGUAUUACUUGAAUCAUUAAAAUUAAAACCAUAUUCUCGUUGGUCAAAUGCACAAGCAAAAUUCUUAGAGCAUCCAGAAUUUAAAACAAAUCCAAAAUUUAAAAUAUUAAGUAAUUUAGAUAUUUUAGUUAUUUAUGAAAGCCAUAUUAAAGAACUUGAACGGGAAUUUAUCAAUAAACGACAAGAAAAUAAGGCUAAAAAACAACGGACAGAAAGAAAGAAUCGUGAAGCAUUUAUGAAAUUAUUACAAGACUUGCGUCAUGAAAAAAAAAUAGGUCCUGGUACAAAAUGGAUGACUAUUUAUCCAAUAAUUAAAAACGAUGCAAGAUAUAAAAAUAUGUUAGGACAAUCAGGCUCUACACCUUUAGAUCUUUUUUGGGAUAUUGUAGAAGAUGCAGAACGGGAUAUGAGACAUAAAAAGAAUUUAGCACUUGAUAUUAUGGAAGAACAAAAAAUUGAUUUUGAUGAAAAAAUAUCUUUAUCUCAAUUUUCAGAAAUCAUAAACAGAGAUAAAAGAGGGGCAGAAUUAUCAGAGAGUACACUUUCAUUCAUUUAUAAUAUGUUGCGUGAAAGAGUAUUUAAAAGACUUGAAGAUGAAAAACGAAGUGAUGAAAGACGACGAAAACGCAGAAUUAGUGCUUUAAGAUAUGUUAUAAAGCAUCUUAGACCUUCUAUACAAUUAGAUAGUACAUGGUCCGAUGUAAAAAAAAGAAUUGAACAUACAGAAGAAUUUCUUGCAAUUGAAUCUGAAGAAGACCGUGAAUUAGCAUUUAAAAAACAAUUACGCAGAUUAAAAGAAAAAGAUGUUUCUUUAAAAAGUUAUCAUAAAAGCAAUCGAAGUUCUAAACAUUUCAGAUAUAGUUCAAAAAAUAGAGAUACUGAUUCUAGAGAAUUUAAUGAUAAUUUACAUUAUACAAAAGAUUAUCAUGGUUAUAGAAAUAAUGGUUAUAGAAAUCAUGAUAGCGAAAAUGAAAAUGAUUCAAGAUAUAGAAAGCGUAUUAAAAGCGAUAAAGAUUAUUAUUCCAACGAUUAUAAUGACAAUGAUAGAAAUACUAUUGAAUCAAGUGAAGAAGGGGAAAUUCAUUAA